UUAAAGAUGAGUCUUUUAACUGAGUAUUUAUUAUCCUUUUUGGCCAUUGUUGUCGUUCCUGUUUACAUAUAUUAUGCCAAACAUCAUAGACAACUGAAGUUUCUUCAACAAUUUCCCAGCCCUCCGGUGAUUCCCUUAAUCGGAAGUGCUCGUGAUUUUAAAACUCCGAGCGAAUUUUUAAAGAAAUUGCAUGAGUAUGCAAGGAAGUAUGGUUCACUAAUUCACUUACAAAUUGGACUGAGACACACCCUCGUCAGCACAGACUACAAAUUUAUUGAAUUUUUAUUGAGCCACAACAGUUUGUUGAAGAAGACUACAAAUUUUAAAUUUUUGAAACCCUGGGUUGGAGAAGGAUUAAUUACUGCUGACGGAGGACCCAACUGGAAAAUUCACCGAAAAUUAAUAACUCCUGCUUUCCAUUUCAAAAUUUUGGAACAAUUUGUUGACGUGUUUGAAGCAGACGGGGAUAUUUUAGUCGAAAAGUUGUCUAAAGAAAGUGGAAAGAAGUCAGUGGACAUUUACCCUUACAUCACCAGAUGUGCCUUUGACGCGAUUUGCGAAACUGCCAUGGGAACAAAAGUAAAUGUACAAACGAAUGAAAUAUCUUCUUAUUUUGAGAGUGUAAGACAAAUGUGUAGACUAUUUGUAACUCGUUCAACAUCUGUUUUGGGACGUUAUGACCUUUUCUUUCGAUUCACGAAAGACCACAAAAUCCAGAAAGAGUCGCUUAAGAUCUUGCAUGGUUACACCAAGGAAGUAAUUCAGAACAAAAAGAAAGAACUUACUAACAAACAAAAAGAGAACAAUGCGAUGAACAACACUGAUGAGUUGGGUAGAAAAAGGAAGAAGGCAUUUUUAGACUUGAUUCUGGAAGCCAAGAUUGAUAAUCAAUCUCUCACCGAUGAAGAAAUAAGAGAAGAGGUUGACACUUUUAUGUUUGCGGGACACGACACAACGGCUACCUCGUCCACUUUUAUAUUAUACUGUAUAGCCAACAAUAAAGAAGUUCAGGAGAAAAUUCUUGAAGAACAACGAGAAAUUUUUGGCGACGAAAAAAAUCCGAAAGUAACUUAUGCGAACUUACAAGAAAUGAAGUAUUUAGAAAAUGUUGUUAAGGAAGGUUUACGACUGUACUCUCCUGUGCCGUUUAUUGGAAGAGUGAUAGAUAAAGACGUAGAGUAUAAUGGACAAAUUAUGCCCAAGGGACUUAAUGUGGCCAUUUUUUUGCACGGAAUGCACAUGAACCCUGAAUACUAUCCCAAUCCAGAAAAAUUUGAUCCCAGUAGAUUUGAAGUUAUAGGUAAUAAACUACCUUUUGCUUUCGUACCAUUCAGUGCAGGACCAAGAAAUUGUAUAGGACAAAAAUACGCUAUGAUAGAAAUUAAAAGCAUUGUAUCGAAAGUGGUGAGACAUUAUGAAUUAAGUGCAGCUUUUCCUCGGCAUGAUCUUGACCUGACACCAGAAACUGUGUUGAAAUCGUUGAACGGGGUUCGAAUUGGACUAAAAUUGAGAUAAAACCGUAACAGGAGUUGCUAAAACACCAGAAUUAAGUAGCAUAAUACUUACAAUAUGUAGUCUGUAAUAUUCAUAUUUAUAAUUUGUUAUUAUAAGACUUUGAUAAUAUAGGGCGCACCAGAUAAUUUUUGGCAUCUGUUCUGGAAAUGUUCUAUACGAUUUACGUGAGUUCAUGUCAAUUGAUGUAUGAGAGGUUUAGAGCGAUCCUAACCUAAAAGUGGAAUCAAUGUGAUCAGUGUUUACAAGACUUAUUAUUUCCCAUUUACAACAAAAUUUGUUAAAUUAUACCUACUUUGUUGUGUGGGUAAAUUUUUCCAACAUUUGUUAUUAAAUAUUAUAUUCAACA